AUGACUUGCACCAUCUCAGAGCCAGAGGAGACCCAGCUGCAAGAGUUCUUCUCGUUCUCCAGUUCAGCCGUUGGUGGAACACAGGUGGAUCGCUGGUGGAGCGGCAGCUGCAGGAUCUGGUCCUGGGCUUUCUCUAAACAGCCAGCUCCUAGCCUCAGCCCCGGAUCUGGCUUCUGGGUCAACAUUCUCAUCUCCUCCUGUGCUCCCAGAAUUGCUUCAGGGCUGCCAAAGGUGGAAAGGAGAGGGAAAAUGAAGAGGAAAGCAAGAGUCCGCAUUAAGCCACACAUCAGUGUUGGCAACGACUUUCAGGCUGAGCUCCCUGAGCUGCAGGCCAGACCCCCAACUGAGGAUGAAGAACACGCAUCCCUGGUCUGGAAGCCGUGGGAGGACACUGAUUCUGUCAUGGAAACACAUGACAGAGUGAGAGAUCUGCUUGACAUGGCCAUCUCCAGUGGCAUUCCUGGGGCAGCAGCUAACCUGGAGCUUGCCCUACACUGCCUGCAUGAGGCGCAGGGCAAUGUUCUGGAGGCUCUGGAGAUGUUCCAGUCAGGGCAGCCUCAGACACCUCAAGGCCAUCCCUUGGCUGAUUAUCAUUAUGCAGGCUCUGAUACAUGGACACCUCAUGAGAAGGAGUCAUUUCAAAUGGCUUUUCACACCUAUGGGAAGGAUUUUCAUCUCAUCCAGAAGGAGAUUCAAAGUAAGACUGUGGCACAGUGUGUGGAGUACUACUACUUCUGGAAAAAAGAACGUAGGAUUGCUCCCCCUCCUGCUCAGACUGUGGGCAGACCAAAGAAGAGCAAAAGCCCUCCCAAGGAGGAGAAUGGGGAGAUGGAGAAGAGAAGCCGAAGAAGGCCCCGCAGCACUGUAUGUCCAUGCUGCAAAUCGCCACAGCCACCCCGCUCAGCAGGAGGCCUGUUUCCGUGUAGGACAUGCAAACGGGUGUUUGAAACAAUGAAGGAAAGGAACAGACAUGAGAGAAGGCAUUGCCCACAGAAGGAAGAUGAGCCUCACCCCAAGAAGAAAAGACUAAAUUAUGGGGUGUCUGGGGCUAGCAAGAGUUAGAUGUAAAUAGGAGUUGAUGUAAAUUAGAUUGGUUUUUAAUGUUUUAGGGUUGAGGUUUUUUCCUGUUUAGUUUUUUAGAAAGAGAUUUUAAUUAGUUACUGUAAGAGGU